AUUUUAUUGGCCGUACAGUCAACCCUGUUCCUGUCCUUUGCAAAUUCCUGAACAGGAACAACAUGAUGAAUGUGAAAGAGCAAAAUUAUAUCAUGAACUUGCCCAUUUCCCUGUUUUGGACCGAGACACCUACUUUCACUCUCCCUGCCCCUCCAAGGCUAACAGUCACGCAAUUCACAUCGUGUCAGCUGCCACCCAAGUCGGCCACUGUAACAAGCAGCAUUUUACUUAGCUGUAAUCAGGCCAUGUGGCUUAAGCCAAGGUUGUAACUGUGUUUACUGUGUAAACAACGAGGGCCUCUGCAGCUGCUGCGACAUGAGUGGUUAACAAUUAACAGAGAGCCUCAGUCAUCAUUCUUUGUAGAUUGCCACUCCAUACUAUGAGCAUCCCACAUAAUCCUCCUUUGUCUGUUGGUGAAUACUCUAGUGACCAAAAUAUCAUUGCGGAGAACCAAAGCAGUCAUUCAAAGCUUUUUUAUUUUUUUUUAAUUUGACACAAUGCGACCAAAGAUGUCUUUAUGUCUGGAGUCUUGUCAGAUUAAAAAAAAUCUUUUCAGAUUAGAAAAAUCCCUGUGUGUAUUCCAGUCAAGAGGAGAAUCCAAACAGUACCGGAAUUGAUCUGAUCCAAGUUAAUCAUUAACAUGCUUUUGACAGUGUAUAAAGCUCAUCAUGUUCCCAACUCAGCCAGUCACAGAAGAGCGUGACGGCUGUCUGCAGUCGGAUAAGUAGAACGACAACAUGAAAACAACCCUGAUCUACUUAUUUAUUCUUGCUGGUGCCGGGCUAACUGUCCUGUGCGGCAAAGAGGAGCAGCCCGAGGUUUCUGUUGAAACCCCCUCACACUUUGCAGCUCUUGACGACGUGCGACUCCUGGCGACCGGCCUCCUCGAGCUGGGCCAGAGCCUGCGGGAUUUUGUGCACAAGACCAAGGGGCAGAUCAAUGAUAUCUUCCAAAAGCUCAACAUCUUUGACCACUCGUUCGACCGACUUUCUGUGCUGGCCAGUGAAAUCAAGGAGGAGGAAGAGGAGCUGAAGAAGACGGCGGUGAUGCUGCAAGCUAACAAUGAGGAGAUCAGGGGCAUAUCUGUUAAAAUCGGCUCCAAGGUGGACGGCAUCAUGCUGGAGAAGAGCUCUCUGCGGAACAAAGUGGAAGGCCUGGAAGAGAAGCUGAGAAGUGUGUCUCAGAGCCUGUUGACUGGCGACCAAGUGAGAGACAUCAAUGGUCUUAAGGGAGUGAUUAACAACCAGGAACAAAGCAUCACAGAGCUGCUGAAGGCUGUGAGUGAGCAAAGUGAUCAACUCAACGACCAGAGAGUAAAAAUCAAGAGUCUGGAAGAAAAGCUUACAGCCAGUACAUUAGCUCAAGACACAAGUGAAAGGAUACCUGAAUCCUUCAACAGCCACACACCCACACUCAGCCCAUAUCUGGCCUCAGACUCCAGCAAGAAAACUCCAGACAUGGAUCUCCCAUCAGACUGCAGUGAAGUGUUCAACAGAGGUGAGAAAAUCAGUCGAGUGUACGCCAUCAGACCUAAUGGAUCGGAGCCCUUCAAGGUGUUUUGUGACAUGACCGCAGAUCAUGGAGCAACAGUUAUUCAGCGUAGAAGAGACGGCUCUGUCAACUUUGACCAAUCGUGGGAGAAAUACGAAAAUGGAUUUGGAGAUUUUCACGGAGAGUUUUGGCUGGGUCUGAGUAAGAUUCACUCGCUGGUUGCACAGGGCAAUUCUGUCCUUCAUAUCCAUCUGGAAGACUGGAAACACAAUAAGCGCUUCAUCGAAUACACUUGUGACCUUGAUGGUCCAGAGAGCAACUACACCCUUCACCUCAAGCUAUUGUCAGGAGAUCUGAGCGACCCCAUGAAGAACCACACGGGCAUGAUGUUCUCCACUAAGGACAGGGACAAUAACAAGCACCGGCACUCCAACUGUGACCACAACUACACAGGUGGUUGGUGGUUCAAUAGCUGUGGGGACACCAACUUGAAUGGGAGAUAUUUCCGCAUGAGACACAAGGGACGUUCGGAUCGUCGAAGAGGGAUUCAUUUGAAGCCGGGGCGAAAAGCUUCUUAUUCGCUCAGGUUCACACAAAUAUCGGUCUUUCCCUUCAACACGUCUUCACAGUCAUCUGAAACUGGUGGUUUUCUCGCAAACAACAACCUUUGACUUCAGGAAAAUGUUUGAAAUGCUAUGUGUGGGCAGCCAUCGUUUCAGAAGGCAUGGGCUCAGUUAGGGAUUCAAGUCACUUACACAGGAACGAAGUGCAGAGCAACAGCACCAAGAGUUAUUCUGUCUGAAAUCGCAGAUGGGUCGGGCUAAGUUCAUUACCAAGAAGAAAUAUCUAUUUUCAACAUUUCAAAUGGAAAUUCAUUCAGUUGUUCCGAUCUUCAUAAUGUGGUACAAACUACAGGGUGAUUGAAGAGUAACCCCUCCAGUUCAAAUUACUGAUAAAUUAUGAAUGUAUUGCCAUUUAUUGAAAAACAAACUAUAUUUUAAUUUGUUAUUUUUCCGUGAAUUUGAGGGUGCUGUACAGGAUCUUAGCUGUUCCCAGUAUUGCGCAGAAUGAAAUAUCUGCUAUUAUAUGUGAUGUGUUGUAUUAUUUAUCUUAGCAAUGGCCAACUUACCCAAAUGUUGAUAUUCUUUUUGGUGUACUAAUCCCUAACUACAUAUACUGACAGAAUGAUCAUUUCUGUAUCUUUUAUUAUUCGAUGCAUUUUUUUUUUAAAUACUAAGAUGGAGACAAAAAAAGAGAACCUUUUGUACUGGCCAGUGAUGCUUUUCUUUAAUUUGUGUAUCAAACCAGACGACCUCAGCGAAACUCGGCAAUGGACCAUUUGAAUGGCUUCAAUCCUAUAAACUUUUGUUUCACUGAAAAGUUGUUACACAUUACAACUCAGCACGAGAGUUGUAAGUACUGUUAAUAAAGUGUAAAGGGCAGUGCA